CAGAAGCCAGCAGCUGAACUGAGCAGUUAACCGUUAUCAUUUAACCGAACAUCAGUUCUUUGGGAAAACGUUAUUUAUGUUAAUUUUAAAUACUGAUCGCCGACUACUGCCGUACUGACAAAAACAAAUAAAUUAUAAAUACAUCCUUUUAAUUAUCAUAAAUUCAUAAUUUCAUUAUAAUAUUAUGCACGUCGUGAUGGUCUCGUCUGUUUAGUGUUUGCACAUUAUUAUAUAAUAUUUGAUAUUCCAUUACAAUUGUCAAAAUAUAAACACCGCAGUGGCAAUAGUGGUGCGAGUCGCGUAAUUUAAACGGGUACGGGCAACCUACCUGUUUUUUCUUCGUUUCUGCCAUAUAGACGUUGCAACAUUUCAAGAUUAUGGAUGCUAAUGAGUCAGUUAACUGUUCAAUGGAAGCACUUAUUGAUUGGAGUACUCCUGAAAUAGUGAAGAAUAAAACUUACGAUGGAAAUUGUAUUAACAACCCAUUUGAUAUACUGGAAUUGCAAGCAGCCAAUAUGGACCCUUUUGAUAUAGUCCCUAAACAAACUCCAUUAAAGGAAGAUCCACCGUGUGGUAAUAUAUUGAGUCCCAUGUGGGAUUCUAAUGUCAGCAGGCGAAUUCAAAAAAGUGUAUCAUUAACSGAUAUUCAUGGUGUUGCAAAGCUUUUGGAACAAAACUACAUAGACCAUGACAAAGAUGAUUGUGUGAAGAACCAAUCAAAAGAUGAUUGUGUCACAUCAAAAUGUGUGAGCACAAAUGUUAUUGAACAGUCAAAAAAAAAUGUCUUAGUUCAUUUAGGUGAAAACAAAAUAGAAAAUCAAGAGUCACCAAUCAAAUUAGUACCCGGUCAGAAUGAGGUGGAUAUAGAAAAAAAUUCUUAUUGUAAUGAACAAGAAAAGAAACAAAUUAGAGAGCAAACUCGGCAACGAAUUGAAAUUCUUAUUGAAAAAGGGAAAAAAAAUUAUGAAGAAUGUUAUUCAAGAAAGUCAUUAUUUUGUACACCAAAGCGUAGUAACACAGAGUCAAAUUUAAAUUCAAGUGUGUUAAACAGAGGGUUCAUAGGGAGUUUUAAUAUAAAUUCCAAUACUGUUAAUAAAACACCUGAUAGUAUUAUUGAUAUAAAUGAAAACAUUACGCCAAAUGAUAGUUUGGCAUUUCCAUUCCAUGAACUAAACUCGUUUGAUUUAAAUUCUUUGAAACCUGAAUGGGUAGUGGAUAACUUCAGUGAUGGUGAUGGAUCUAGUGAGGUGUCAUCGAAAGAAAAUUCUGUGACAGAAAUUAGACCGCCUGACAAUAUUCAUCAAGUUGAUGUCAAGUUAAAAACUCUUAAUCGCUUAGGAAUUGUUGAAUCAAAACCAAAUGGAAGUCAAACUGUUUUGAAGUCAAUGCAAAAUAAAAGAACCCACAUCAAAGGUCCAUUUAUAGCCAAUGUCCCGGUUAAACACAUGGUGCAAAAUUUUAAAGACGUAGAAAUGAAAGAUGUUAGUCAUGGUUCUGUUAGUCCACGUAAAAUGAAGCCUAUAGCCUCUUCUACACCAACAGCAUCAGAUAUUGUUACUUUAACUAAAACUCCUUCAACUGCCGAGUCUUCUAUUAAAUCAAGGAGUAGCUUAUCACGUCGAUCAAUACCCAAUUCUGUAAGCCCAGGCACACCAUUAAAUGUUACAAAGUGUAUUCAAAAAAAUGCAACUAAUACUACAAUUGUUUUGUUUGGAAAAACUAAUGAAAGAAAUACUGAAGUAUUGCGAUCGUUUAAAUUAAACAAAUCCAAAUCUGAAAGUAAACUUGGAAUGAUACCUAAACCUAAUGUAUUAAAUACUACUAAAAUCAGUGUAAGUAUUAGUAUCAUUUAUCAAKUAUUUUUUAUUUCAUAUCAAUACUCUGUUCAAGUUAAGAAAUUUAGUUGGCGGUGAUCAGUUUUUGUUGGGCUGCUGUUAUGCAACACCCAUUUUUCACCCCCACUCAGUCAAUUAUCUCUAUAUGUGCCGUGUAUAAUUAUCACACUUUUGCUAAUAAAUUGGCCUAUGUUUCUUAACUUAAACAGAGUAUUUGUCAAAUAUUAACUUGUUUUAUUUUCAUUAUGUAUUACUUAACUAUUACUUCUAGGGCUUGCCAGUUUCAAAGCGUUUUACUAUGUCAUUCAAAGGAAAAGAAAAUGUAAAACCUUAGUAAUUUAGUAUGGUAGAUGUAUGAUACAUA